AUGCUUAAGGUUGAUUAAGAAGAAAUUCAUAUUUUAAAGGAUAGAGAUUAAUUAGAAUAAUUUAUUAGAGAAAGAAGAGAGAAAUAUUAAAAUAAUCUUGAUGAAAUUACUUCUAGUAUUAAUAGAUUGAAAACAUCGUAUUUUUCUGCUUAUUAAGUAAAAGGAGCUAAUGAUAUAGUUGAUACUCAUGUUAUGAAAUUAUUAGAAUAUGUAGCUGAAAGUAGGAUAUUUAUAAUGAGAAAAGAAUACUUAGUUUGUUAAAUUAUAAGAUGCUUAAAAAUAGAUUGUUAAAGAUGUUAAAACAAAGUUAACUUAAGCUAAGAAAUUAACAUAAAAAUUCCGUAAAAAUGUUACACCUUAAGGUCCUAUGACUUUGAUCAAAUAUUUAACAGAAAAAAUAAAUGAUUUUUAAGUUUUAUUACCAUUAGUUAGAGUAUUCUCUAAUCCAGAUAUGAAAAAAAGACAUUGGGAAGAGAUUUCUUAAAUUAUGGGAUUUCCAGUUAGACCAGAUAAAGAAUAAUAACUUUCUAAAUUAAUUGAAUGUAAAAUUUGAAGAAAUAUCUUAUUCUGUUACUAAAGAAUAUUAUUUGGAAAAGAUUUUAAAUAAAAUGCAAAAAGAUUGGGAUAUCGUAAUUACUGAACUUAAACCAUAAAAAGAUACAGGUAAAUUUAUUUGCAAAUAGUUUUGAAAGUAGAAAAGCUGAAUGAAAAGCAUUUUUAUAUUAUACAUAACCAUUAUUUGAUUAUUUGAAAGUAUAAGGUGUUUGGAUGUAUUUGGAACUAGUAUUUACAAGUUCGGAUAAUUUGAAACAUACUUUGCAAUGGAAUGUACUAGAUUUAAGAAGUUGCUGCAAGUUAGAUAUCUAUUAUGAAUAAAGUGAAUUCAAAUCCUAAAGUGAUUGA